AUGACAACACUCAAAGAAGAAAAUUCAGAUCUUUAUGCCAAACAAUUUUCACGUUUUGUUAAAGCUGGUAUUGAGUCAAGCUCGUUUGAAGCUUUAUAUAAAGCUGCACAUGCUGCUAUUCGUGCUGAUCCAUCACCAUCACCAAAGAAAGAGAAAAAAGCUAAUGCAGCUAAACCAAAACGAUCAUCACGCAAGAAUCGUGUGCAACAACGAAAGACAGCUUUUCUUAAAACGAUACAAAGUGCUGAUGCUUAA